UCAGUUCAGGUUUGUACCUCGUGCGAGCAAGUAUUGUGGGAUAGUCUACAUUAAAAGAAAGUUAAACGGUAAACAGAAAAAUUGUAUACUAAUUUUAUUUUUCUAAAAUUCCUAAAGUAAAAUUUUAAGACAAAUAUUAAGGUGAAGAACAUAAUAAAUUUUGAAAAUUUCGCGCCAUAGUGAAGACAAAACCCGCGAUCGUAACAGUCGGUCAUACUGCGCGAGUUAUCGGUACUAGCCCACCACUAGCGUACUGCUCCGGCCGGAGGAAAAGCGACACAAAACAUAGCACCCGCCAGAGCCAGCGAUACGCCAGUCGCUCAUUAGAUAAUAGCCGUUGACCAGGUUGCGCCGGGAAUCCGCUGGAGUUCCGCUGGCCACAUCCAGGACCCAAGCAGGCGGCGCAGGAAUCGGAGUCAGAGUCGGAAUCGGAUACGAGACGGAGCAGUGAGCACUACUAUCACACCCACUCAUUUAUUUGGAAUAAUCUCGAUUUGGCACCAACUGGAGCAAAAUUUUGCGUAUCUUUUUUUUAUCCAAAAUUGUCGGUGUCUGCGCUUCUAAAGGCACGGACGUUGUGUGGAACAAUUCAAUUAUAAUCUUAGGAAAAGCAACCAAUUCUUCAGCAGUCGAUGCGUGGCCCCAGCGUUGAACUAGGACCGGAUAUCGAGCUAGCAACUAGGAGCAGAGUGAGCUGCCAGGGGCGAUGGCCGAGCCAUAUCAGCUACGAACUCAGAUGGCAACACAGUAUCGUCGUCCACGACCAGGACACCCAGUGCAGUAUCCCCACCAAGGCGUAGUCUAUGCAAAUGGAGGCAGUGCUUCCUGGAACGAGUCACGCCAGCAGCAACAGCAACAACAAUUGCAAUUUCAACAACAACAACAACAAUUAGAACAACAGCAGAGGUACUCGUACCAGCAGCAAUCGCAACAACAGCUGCAACAAUCACAACAGCUGCACGCGCAAUAUCAAAACCAACAGCAACAACAGGAGCAACAGCAGCAGCAACAACAGCAGCAUUAUAAUAACAAUAAUCAGGGGCCAGGACCGGGCCUCAAGUAUUUGUAUAGAGAACCAGUGAUUGGAGAGCAGCCCACGGUUGCUGGACCGCCGUUUGGAAUGCCAUUAGGAGGAGCACCGAUCAUACCCAUUGGAUCACCCAUGGCUGUGAUGCCCACCACACCCAGGGCCCAGAAGCCACGCAGCAAGAGCGAGGAAGCCAUCUCAGAUCUUCUAUUGCGCAUUCCGGAUAUUGGUAUUCUGUUUGACGUUCAUAGCCGGAUUGGAAAUGGAACCUUUAGUACUGUUUUGCUGGCCACUCUGCGCCGUGAAUCCCAUUUGCCGGAUAAUGUGAGACGCAAAUUUGCCAUCAAACACCACAUCCCCACCAGCCAUCCGGAUAGGAUUAUGAAGGAGCUCCAGUGUAUGACAAAAAUGGGGGGCACCAACAACGUGGUCGGCAUCCACUGCUGCCUGAGAUGCGACGCCUCCGCCGCCUUCGUGAUGCCCUACAUGCCCCACGACCGCUUCCACGACUUCUUCACUCGCAUGGACGUCUCCGAGAUCCGGCUGUAUAUGCGCAAUCUGCUAAUAGCCCUUCGCCACGUCCACAAGUUCGACAUCAUUCAUCGCGACGUGAAGCCGAGCAACUUCCUCUACAAUCGCCGUCGUCGUGAGUUUCUGCUCGUGGACUUUGGGCUGGCCCAGCAUGUCCUGCCAUCGAUGGGAUCCAGCUCGGCCGGUAUGGGAGCGGUGGGCAAGCGUUCACGCGAAGCGGACAAUGAAGAGCAGCUAGCGCAGCACUCCAUGCAAGGAGGAGGAGGAGGAGCCGCUGGGGCUGGGAUACCAAUGGAAAUCGCACCAUCUGAUGCGGAACUGGGCGGAGCUGUGAAACGCAUGCGUCUGGAGGAGGGCAGCAAGAUGCCGCUGAAGCAGAUCAAUGAAAUAGCCCAGGGCGAGGCACCGCCGGCCGACUUCGGCAAUCCCAACAAUCCCGGACAGCAGGCCAGCGUCCAGCAACUACAACAGCCGGAGCAGAACUAUAACGCCCCUGGAGGAGGCACUGCCUCGGGAAGUAAAUACAACACCAAUCGCAAUGCGGCAGGAUCUGGCACGAAGUGUUUCUGCUUCGCCAAUCCGUCGGUGUGCCUGAACUGUCUGAUGAAGAAGGAGGUGCACGCCUCCAGAGCCGGAACACCGGGCUAUCGGCCACCCGAGGUGCUGCUCAAGUAUCCGGACCAGACCACCGCCGUGGAUGUGUGGGCGGCCGGCGUCAUCUUUCUCUCGAUCAUGUCCUCGGUGUAUCCAUUCUUCAAGGCACCCAACGACUUCGUGGCCCUGGCCGAGAUCGUAACUAUAUUCGGGGAUCAGGCCAUCCGGAAGACUGCCCUGGCGCUGGAGCGCAUGGUCACGCUCAGCCAGCGUUCUCGUCCGCUCAGUCUGCGCAAGCUGUGCCUGCGCUUUCGCCACCGCCGGGUCUUCAGCGACGACAAGCUGCAUCGCAGCCACGCCAACCAGGAUGGGAAGUGCGAGGUGUGCCGCAACUGCGACCAGUACUACUUCAACUGCCUGUGCGAGGAUAGCGAGUACAACGAUGAGCCCCUGGAUCCCUAUGAGUGUUUCCCGGCCAGUGCCUAUGAUUUGUUGCACCGCCUCCUUGAGGUGAAUCCCCACAAGCGUAUUACAGCAGCGGAGGCACUACUGCAUCCAUUCUUCACCGCCGCCGAGGGGCAGAAUCAGGCGGCAACAGGGCCACUAUCCGGUGGAGGAGAUCACCAAAUGACAGAGAAAUCGCCGCAGGCGGAGCAGUCAGCGUCACGGAAGCAACGCCGCCAGCGUUAUCCCAAAGUGGCGGGAGCGGCGGCGGGCAACGAGCAGAUGAAGCAACAAUUGGAGCUCGACGUGCAUGCGUCGAAUUAUGAAAAACUGUGAAACUAGUCCCCCCAUUUGUACAUACCACACACCUACACAUAUCACCCCCCAGAACCAUGUCUGUACAUAUAUAUACCUCCACUCAUCCACGCGCAUCUUGUCCAGUGUAAAGUGUUCACCAUACCUCAGUACCUCUGCUGAAUCGUCAGGGAGUAAACCAAAUAGAAACACCACACGAAAAAGAAACAAAAGAUGAAUAGUUUUAGCGAAAAAAAAACACAAAAACAUUUUAAAUGAAGCAUGAACAAUAGAAGACAGUGGAGCAUCUCGGAGUAUACAUGGAAGCAAGCAGCAGAAGCAGCAGCAGCAGCAACAACCAGUGGCAGGACAUCCCUCCUGCACAACCACCACUACCAAGUUGUACAGUUCGAAUAGUCUUAGCGUAACCUAAGUUAAUAUUGUAUUUUAUAUCAUUGAAACAAAAAAAGAAAUCAAUGCGAACCGGAGAUAUAUACAGAAGCGAAAUAUAUUUAUACGAAUUGUGAAUUGUAAACUAAA